AUGAUAAAAUCUAGCUUCUUCCAUUUGCCAUCUUUUAUAUUGGGUUGCUUAAUCACAUGGUUUACAUUACAAGCCGUUCCAAUAAUAACUUUCUUUGCUGGUGAAUCAAUAUUACUGCUAAUUCAAUUGAUUAAAUUUGGCAUUUUUUGUUUUGGCGCUUGGUUAUGCUGGAUUAUACUACUCACCGAUAACCCAGAAUUCUCAUUAAAAUUCAAAAGUUUGUCCUCACCGUCAUCAUCAUCUGCUGAUUCUUUCGGAAUAGUAAAAUCUUCAACAACUAAAAGUUCAACAGAAUCAAUAAAUGAUGUUGUUAGUAAUGGUAUCACUAACAAUAGUAACAUAAAUGCGUUUUCUCGUAAUUUAAACGUUUCCCAAAUAGAUAAUAAGCAAGGGUCUCAGUACUCUAUACGACAUAUAAAUAGAAAAAUAAAAAAUCAUGAUAAUAAUAAUCACUUUUUUCAAUCCCAAGAAAAAAGAAAAAUACAUGAUGAACCAAUAGAGAUGCCGUACAUUUUUGAAGAUAGUAUUGAUGAUUUAGCCAAAGAUAGUGUCAAACAAAGUUAUAGUAAACAACCAGAAUACUACUACGAAGAUUUGUUAGAUUAUAACCAAGCGCUUAAAAACACAAUUGGUAUACCUGAAAACAAAAAUAGUGGUAAUGAUUACAAGUAUUUUGUAGAAAAUGCUUCAUAA